AAUGUCGCUUCAGUCGCUUGUGCAGUUGUGUCGUUGUGUGCAGUGAGCAGUGAGUUUAUUUGGUUGUGAUAAAUCAUAACCUGAAAAUAAUUUUGACGUGAAAUUAUAUUUAAAAAUUAAAAAAAAAAUGAGUCGCAGGCGUGCUCACGAGGAUGACGAUGGAUACGAUCGCGCUUACAAAAAACGUCGCCGAGUAUCAGAAAACCAAGAAAUCGAAGAUCGUCUGGAAUCUCUUAUUAUACGAGUGGGUGAAAAAUCAUCCUCAUCAUUGGAAAGUAAUUUGGAAGGACUGGCAUCUGUUCUAGAAGCUGACCUGGGUAUUUUUCGUAGUAAAAUUCUACGAAUCCUUACAGACUGUGCUAUGAAAAUGCCUGAGAAAUGUACCGUCUAUACAACUCUCGUUGGGUUACUCAAUGCCAAGAACUUCAAUUUCGGAGGAGAGUUCGUCGAUCACAUGGUCAAGAAUUUGAAGGAGUCAUUAAAAAAUUGUCAGUGGGACGCUGCUAGAUAUUCUUUACGUUUCCUAGCCGACCUGACAAAUUGUCACGUUCUGUCAUGUGGUUCCUUGAUGCAAUUAUUUGACAACAUGCUGGAGACAGCCAACGAGGAUGGUGUACCUCAAGUUCGACGUGACUGGUACGUAUUUUGUGUUCUAUCAACUUUACCCUGGGUAGGUAGAGAAUUGUACGAGAAAAAAGAACAGGAACUAGAUCAUUUGAUGACAACUAUCGAGAUAUUUAUCAACAAGAGAAGCAAAAAACAUCAGCCUGCAUUAAGAGUUUGGUCCAGUGACACUCCUCAUCCUCAGGAAGAUUAUCUGGACUGUCUUUGGGCUCAGAUCAGAAAACUGCGGCAGAAUAAUUGGGCGGAAAAACAUAUUCUCCGGCCUUAUCUGGCGUUUGAUUCUAUUUUGUGCGAAGCCUUGCAUCACAAUUUACCAACAGUCUUACCACCACCUCAUCACGAGUCGUACUUGUAUCCUCUGCCUACUGUUGUCUUCAGAAUGUUUGAUUACACAGACUGUCCUGCUGAAGGUCCAGCAUUACCUGGUAGCCAUGCUAUCGAAAGAUUUUUAAUUGAAGAACAUUUACGUCAAAUUGUUGACAACUUUUACUUUGAACGUAAGCAUUGCGCUGCUAAUUUACUCAGUUUUCCAUACAAGACAAAAAUACCACUGGAAUAUUGCAUCGUCGAGGUGAUAUUUGGAGAAUUAUUCAAACUGCCGACUCCAAAAUAUUUAGAAAUAGCUUACGGUUCGAUUUUAAUUGAACUGUGCAAAUUGCAACCGUCUACGAUGCCACAGGUUUUGGCUCAAGCAACAGAAAUACUUUUCCGGCGCAUUGAUAGUAUGGCUGCUGCUUCAUUCGACCGAUUUGUCUGGUGGUUUGCGUAUCAUUUAAGUAACUUUCAAUUCCGAUGGUCUUGGGAAGACUGGGAUUCAUGUUUGCAACGGGAAUCAGAACAUCCAAGACCUAAAUUUGUCCGGGAAGUUUUGCUGAAAGUUCUCAGACUGUCUUAUCAUCAAAAAAUCCGGGACAUGAUGCCGGAAAAUUACGCAGACUUGAUACCUGCUCUACCUGAACCUAUUUUUAAAUUUGCAUCGAAAGGCGCUGGUUCACUGCCUGGUACAGUAGCAGCCAGUGAGCUCGUAGCCUCAAUCAGACGUAAGUGUACACCGGAAGAAGCUCUUAAUAUAUUGAAUGGGUUGCCUGGACAAAACGAAAAUGAAGAAACCAACAGCUUCAAUCCAUUGAAAAUCGAAGUUUUUGUCCAGACUUUACUACAUCUUGGAUGCAAAAGUUUUAGUCACAGUUUUGCAGCCAUCAGCAAAUAUCAUUACGUUUUUAAAGUUCUCGCUGAGACAGAAGAAUCUCAAAUUUGUAUUUUACAAAAUAUGUUUGCUCUGUGGAAAAAUCAUCAUCAGAUGCUGGUUGUAUUGACAGAUAAAUUUUUGAAAACUGGUAUAAUAGAAUGCAGUACUGUCGCCAAAUGGAUAUUUUCAAAAGAAAUGGAAAGCGAAUUUACAAAAGUAUACGUUUGGGAAAUUCUACAUCUUACGAUUCGUAAAAAAAAUCAACAUGUCAUCAAAUUAUCUAAAGAACUUGCUGAGGCUAAAGAAAAAUUACGACGAAAUGAACGAGGUUCAGGAUCAUCAUCAGAAGAAGACGAGUCAAAUAAAGAUGCAGAACGUCCAUCGGAAGAUGCCGUUGAAAGUAUGGAGGAAAAAUUGGAAGCUGCUGAAUCAGAUCAGAAGAAUUUAUUCCUCAUUAUUUUCCAUGGAUUCACAAUGAUUUUAUCUGACCGAGUUGACUACAACACUCACUGGUACAAGUGGACUAUUGGAAGACUCCAACAAGUAUUUCUGGCCCAUCACGAACAAGUUAUGAAGUAUUCAUCAACAUUGAAAAGUCUUGUGUUUGCUGGAGAUACUGAUCCUCAUAUUUUGGAUGUUUUCCAUCAAUUUAUUUCAUUACGAGCAUAAAUUUAAUCUAUAAUGUAGAUUUUUUUUUCCUAGUGUUUAUCAGUUGAUUAAAAAGUUUCUUGUGCUUAAAAUUAUUUAAAGAUUUAAAAGUUUAAAAAAAUAUUAAAGAUACUGCGUCUUUAUUGUUCGUUUAAAAUCAAUUUUUUUUUUUUUUCAAAUAUUGAAUUCAAUUCCAGCAAAAAAACUUUU